AUGAGUGUUGCUACCAUGGGAGAUCAUAGUAUUGCACGGAUAGUGGUUAUAGUGCUUUCAGUACUCCUCUUUCUGACUGUACUGGCAUUCAAUGCAAUGGCAGGGCAAGGGAUUGGCCCCUUCCUACAAGGCACAGGAAAUGUGUCAGACAUGUAUGACACCGAAAUAACACCAUCAGGGUGGACAUUCUCUAUCUGGGGCAUCAUUUACACCUGGUUGACUGCAAUGCUUGUCUACAUCUUUACUGGUCUUUGCAGAAGGAAUGCUUACGGGUUGAUGUACUGCAGCCCUGCUGUCUUACCCUAUGGGUUCUUUGUAGCUUGGAUCAUAAACAUGACUCUAAACAUAGUCUGGCUGUUCCUGUGGGACAGAGAACUGAUGACACCUGGACUCAUUGUGCUAGCACUGGUUGCCUUCACAAACUACCUGAUGAUUUUCUUCUCCUGUGUUGGGCUCAAAGCAUAUGGUGCCUGGCUUUUCAAAUAUCAUGACGUGGAUCUCUGGUGCCUUCGAAUGCUGGUACAGAAUGGCAUUGGUGUGUACACAACAUGGACGACAAUAGCCACAUUGAUCAACCUCUGCAUUGUGCUGCACUAUAAUGAGGGGGUGUCCAAGUCAGAUGCAGGCACAGUGUCCCUUUCCAUCCUACUGACUGCACUUACGGCCUGGUUUGUUUUGGAGAACUUUGUUGUGGAGAAGCAUGUGCGGUACAUUAUCACCAUCUACCCAGUGGUGAUCAUGGCUCUAACAGGAAAUAUGACAAAGAAUUUUGACAGUACCAAGCCCAGUCGCAAUGGGAUUUUCAUAGCGGUGCUGUUGGCAAUAGCUUGCAUGAUGUUUAUGGUACGUGUUAUGUUGGUGGUCUGGAGACACCGAAGCCAGCCCCUCUACAAGGGAAUGAGCACCGAGGAGGUGAUGUCACCGAUGGAGAUAGCUGAAAAGCAGAAAAGAAUUUUCACUUAG